CCGGUGACCCCGCCCCCCACUGGGGUAGGUUAGAGAGGAUUUGGCUUUUGAAGGUUUUGAGGGCCCGCCUAGGUAAUUAACACAAUUUACAUUAGUAUAAUGAAGACGGAGUUCCCAGCAACCACCUUGCAAAUGGACCCUGAGAGUUCAGCCUAUCUGUAAUGGAGAUACCGCAGGCCACGAUCUUUGGCUUUGUGAGUUUAUAAUUUAGCCAGAUUUAGUUUCCCCCCCUAAAAAGUCUUUUAAUCACAGAGCGAAAAAGCGCUGCCGCAACAUGUGACAGCAAAUGUUUUAAAGCACGGGACGUUUAGUCCCCCAUAAUUUUGUCAUAAGAUUGUCCAAGCGUUUCUUUGAAAGCUAGAGGACACUGCCAGUAAACAACAAAAUAGUAGCUGUCACUUGAACCGAGCGGUGUUACUCUAGGGUGGGGGUGGGACCCAUUCUCGCGCGCCUUCUGCGCCGGCCGGGGGCUUGUUUGCGAACACUGAGGGGUCUGGGCUCCGCGGGGCGGGACCGCUGGGAGGCGGGGCGAGCCGGGCGCGGGGCCGGCGGGACUCCGCUAGUGCGCAUGGUCAGGCGUCCUUCUCCGCUCCGGCUGACCCCUUGUUUCCGCCGUUGGCCGAAACACUGCGAAGGCCGUUACCUGAGCGCUACCGGUCGCCGACAUGGCUGAGGAAAAAGAUUGCCUGAGGGGAGACGUAGAGAAGGGCGAGGAGCCGGUGGUGACCAUUACCGGUGGUGCGUACUCUGGGAAGCAGGCGGCGGAGGAGCCGAUGAAGGUGGAAGCGGAGGCGGGGGCUGAUGCCUGCUCUGACGACCUCAGCUGUGGGGAGGCCGACAUCGACCCAAGCCUGCUGGAGCUGGUUGAUGAGGAGAAAUGCCGGAGUAUCCGCAAGCAGUACCGGCAGCUCAUCUAUAACGUCCAGCAGAACCGUGAUGACAUAGUGAACACGACGAGCGAGUCCUUAACCGAGGCUCUCGAAGAAGCCAAUGUCCUGUUUGAUGCAGUGAGUCGAACGAGAGAAGCGGCCCUCGACGCUCAGUUUCUUGUUUUGGCUUCUGAUUUGGGUAAAGAAAAAGCAAAGCAGCUAAACUCUGACAUGAGCGUUUUUAAUCAGGUGGCAUUUUGUGAUUUUCUGCUUAUAUUUGUGGGUCUAAACUGGAUGGAAGAUGAUGGACGUGAUGCGCUGAGUGACUGUGAUGAUAAUAUAGUUCGCUCUUUUUGGGAGACAGUACAAAAGGAAGCAACGUCGUGGAUGCUGCAAGCUGAAACAUUCCACUUUAUAUUCGGUUCAUUCAAAUCAGAGCCUUCCGCGCGGAAGCCCCGACUUGAGCACCGGAAAAGAGUUCACAGAAUGGAAGAAAACAGGGAUAUGCCUACAAAGCUGAGGAAGCUGGACCUGAGUAGUAAUCAAGAAGCGACAGAAAAAGAAGUAGAAAGAAUCUUGGGAUUGUUGCAAACGUACUUUCAGAAGUAUCCUGAUACUCCCGUGUCCUAUUUUGAGUUUGUGAUUGACCCAAACUCUUUCUCUCGUACUGUGGAGAAUAUAUUUUAUGUUUCUUUCAUUAUAAGGGAUGGUUUUGCAAGAAUAAGGCUUGACCAUGACAGGCUGCCAAUAUUGGAGCCCAUUAAUAUUAACCAUGUGGGUGAGGGGAAUGAUUCCAGUUCCCAUUGCAGGAAACAAGGAGUUAUAUCUUUGAGUUUACAGGACUGGAAAAAUAUUGUGGCAACUUUUGAAAUUUCAGAGGCCAUGAUCACAAACUCGUACUAAAGAUGUUUGUUCUUAGUGUAGGAGACAUUUUGUGGCUUUUCUUAAGCAUCUCAAAAUGGAGAGUAAAAUCCAAACAGAAACACAUAUUGUAUCUCUUGUAAAGUGAAAAAGUAUUUUCAAGAACAUCAGAAAUUGUUUCACUGUGCAGUGUACUUUUCUUGGUAGUUUAUAAAGUUGUCAUGAUCUUCUGUUGCUAAAACUCACUGGCAUGU